AUGGCGUCGAGUGGAGCCCCCUGCUGCUCCGAGCAGCAGCAGCAGCAGCAGCAGGAGCAGGCCCUUAGUGCCUGCCUAUACAGUAGAGGAGCUGAAGGGUCUCGUGAGGGAGACGAGCGCAUGCAGCCCCAUCUUAGCGACACUCGGAUCUGCAGCAUACCAAGCAUCAAUAGCAUCAGCAGCAACAGCAGCAGCAGCAGAGCUUAUGCUGCGCUGCAUAAAUCCUCAAUACGUGUAGAGCGAACAGCAGCAAGAAGAAUUGCAGAGCAGCAAAGGAGGCAGCAGCGGGAACGGCAGCAGCAGCUACAGCAGCAGCAGCAGGAACAGCAGCACCAGCAACAGCAGCAGAAGGCAGACGAGCAGCAGCAGAAGCAGGUGCAGCACCCACCAUGUGCAGCAGCAACCCCUUCACCGGACUGCUGCAGCUGCUGCUGGACACCAACCGCCAAAGGGGCAGCAGCAACAGCAGCAGCAGCAAAAACAGCAGCAGCAGCAGCAACAACACCACCGGAAGCAACAGGUAAUGCUGCAGCGGCAACAGCAGCAAGUGAACCGCCGCCAGCAGCAAAAGGGUCUGAGGAGGGAGCAGCAACAGCAGCAGCAGCAGGUGAAGGAGGAGCAGCAGCAGCCAAAGAUGAACAACCUACAGCAUUAGCAGAAACAGCAGCAGCAAGCCCUGCAGCAACAGCAGCAACAGCAGCAGCAGCAGCAGGGGGAGGUCUAUGCUUCGUGGUAGAGUUAGCAGCAGUAGGGAGGCAGCAGCAACCAGAGGAGACAGGAAGCAUAAAAGUGUCUCCUCUUGUCUCCUCUGCAUGCACACGAUUCCCUAGGGAAGGAGAUUUGCUGCUGCUGCAGCUUGCUGCUGUUUGCUGCUACCGCUGCUGCCAGCAGCAGCAGCUGAAUACUCUCUGCAGCAUGCUGCACCUUAAAGUCACUAAUGAGCUGCAGCUGCUGCUGAUGCAGCAACAGCAGCAACAGCAGCAACAGCAGCAAAGCUGCUGCCACCAGCAUACCGCACACUUACCCCCGGAUGCUGCUGCUGACACAACAGCAGCAACUGCAGCAACUGCAGCAACUGCAGCAGGAGCAGCAGCAGCAGCAGCGCCACAGGUGCAUGCAUUUGAGGUAACAUUUGUUGCUUCUCCUUUGCUGCCUGCUGCGCUGCUGCUAGGCAUUAAACAAAUGAGGGAAGGGGAAGCAGCACUUAUCUCUAUCCAAGGUGCUGCUGCUCUCUCUCUGCUGCAGCAGCAGCAGCAGCAACGACAGCAGCAGCAGCAGCAGCAAGAGCAACAGCAGCAGGAUGGUUAUACUAUAAGCAGCAGCAGCACCAGUAGCAAUGGCAGCAGCGAAGGAAGCCACAAGGGACACGUCGCGCUGCAGUGUCUCUGCAGCAACUGCAGCAGCAAGCAGCAGCAGCACGUCCCAGCUGCUGCAGCAGCAGCAGAAGCAGCAGCAGGUCCGGGUGGAGGCUCGGAAGCAGCAACAAUAGCAGAACCAGCAGCAGCAGCAGCACCAGCAGAAGAAGCAUCACCAGCUGCAGCAGUACCAAAGGCCCCCAUAUCCCAAGACACAACAGCAGGCGUUGUGCGCUAUUGGCUACUGCAGCAGCAACAGCAGCAGCGGCAGCGACAGCGGCAGCAGCAGCAGCAAGCUCUGCCAGGGAGUGCAGCAGCAGCAGCAGCAGCAGCAGCAGCAGCAGCACAUCACCCUAUAUUUGCAGAUGAGAACACAACAGUUUUAAUUCGUCUGCGGAUUGACUUGGAUGUUACUUUGCCACCUAAUGCAGCAGCAGCAGCAGCAGCAGCAGAAUUAGCUACUGCUGCUGCUGCUGCUGAAGAGGGCCAGAAGGAUGAUGGGCUGCAUGCAGGUGCACUGCUGCAGCAGCAGCAGCAGCAACAGCGGCAGCCGCUGCUGCCUUUGCUGUUUUCUGCUGCUGACUCUACCUGCUUACAGUCUGCAGCAGCAGGGGAGGUGACAGUACACCUACGAGGGCAGCAACUACAGCAGCAGCUGCUGCAGCAACAAGAACAGCAGCAGCAGCAGCAGCAGCAGGUAUGGCUCCUGUUCUCCUUGGCGUCUCUCUCCGCUGUCCCCCUUUGGUUGCGAAAUUUGCUGCUUAAACUCCCCUUAGGAGAAGCAGCAGAUUUCUUGCUGCCUCCUGAGCUGCUGCUGUUGCAGCCGCCGCCGCCACAGCAGCAGCAGCAGCAACAACAACAGCAACAGCAGCAGCAGGAUCUGGCGAAGGUACAAGGAGUGCCAGCCGCAGAGUGGGAAGGUAUGUGGCUGCUGCAGCUGGCCGAACGAGAAGAGGAUCUUUGCACGAAUGGACCCCGAACUGCUGCUGCGGCUGCUGCUGAUCCUGCAGCAGCACCCUCUCAGCAGCAGCAGCAGCAGAAGGGUUUUGCUGCUGCAGCAGAGCUAAAGGAGAUAAUAAAGGGUCUGCAGUGUAUAGAGAAAGGAUUACCUUCUGCUGUCUCUCCUUAUCUCCUCCGCUGUACACCAGACAGAUUAAAACAAGCUUUGCUGCAGCUGCAGCAGCAACAACAACAGCAGCAGCAGCAGCAGCAGCAGCAGCAGCAGCAGCAGCAGCAGCAAGAGAGGGAGGAGUUAAUGUUUGGACCCGAUGGCAUAAAGCUGACAUGUCGUGGUACUAUAGACUUCGCAGGUAUCAUUGGAAGGCGUCCCGAUUACUGGACAUUGAAUGGAGAAGGGAAGGCCGCUCUUGCCGCUGCUCUAAGAGCAGAAGGAAAUCGCCUCUUUAAGGUAACUCAACAGCAGCAGCAGCAGCAGCAGCAGCAGCAGCAGCUACUGCAGCAGCUACUGCAGCAGCAGCAACAACAGCAGCAGCAGCAGCAACAGCAACAGCAGCAGCAAGAAGUUAGUGCAGCAGAAUUAGUUAAUAGCAGAUGA